GCGCUGCCAGCUCUCUAUAUAUGACCCUACUAAAGGAAGAUCCAUUGCUUCGAAUCGAGUUAUGCUUUGCCUUUGAAUCUCUUCCUGGAACAUUGUUGAUUCAUCCAUUCAACUCACCGCCGCAUAAUUCGCUUCGCUCAGCCGGGAAUUUGUUCCCCCAAGAUGUUCGGGGCCGGAUCUGGAUCUUCGAUAUUUGGACAGAAGUAUUCUAUUGGGGAAUUUUCAUCAAGUACUGGAAGCACAUUUCAACAAACACAUGCAACUUUUGGCAGUGGUCCAUUUGGUUCUUUUACUUCCACUGCAUCAACUGAAAAUUCACCAGCUGCUGCUAGUGCCCUGACCUUUGGUGCACAUUGCACAUCACCUUUUGGUGCUGCAUGUAUUUCAGCAAUCAGUUCAUCAUCUACCCCUACAUUUGGCAGCACAGGCACAACUUUCGCUGUCUUCAGUGCACCAACAUUUGGAUCUGGGACAGGGUUAAGUAACUCUAUCAUUGGAGUAUCUAGCACCUUCGUGGUUGGAGCAUCACGCAGCCCAGGCUUUGGUACACCAGGAGGCACUGCACAAUUUGGUUUUGGUACUACUCCAAAAUUUGGACAAUCAUUUGGCAGUGGCAACUUAGUUGGAGCUGCUCCUGUUUUUGGCAUUCAGAGUUUCUCCUUUGGAGUCCCAGCCACAAUGCCAACACUCGGAACCGCAAGAUUUGAGCAGGUUGGUAUUGGAAGUCAACGCAGAGGAAGUAGACUAGCAGCUUACACUGCAACAUCCGAAGAAGAAGAUGGUGGGAGUGGGAAUCAGCCUACUGCUAAACUACAGUCCAUUACAGCCAUGCCCCUUAACAAAGACAAAAGCCAUGAAGAAUUGAGGUUGGAUGAUUAUGAGCUGGGUGGUAAAGGAUCUUCUAUAUUUGGACAGAAGGCUUCUAUUGGAGAAUUUUCAUCAGGUACUGGAAGCACAUUUCAGCAAACAGAAGCAACUUUUGGCGGUGGUCCAUUUGGUUCUUCUACUUCCACUGCAUCAACUGAAAAUUCACCCGCUGCUGCUAGUGCCCUGACCUUUGGUGCACAUAGCACAUCACCUUUUGGUGCUGCAUGUAUUUCAGCAAUCGGUUCAUCAUCUGCCCCUACAUUUGGCAGCACAUGCACGGCUUUUGCUGUCUCCAGUGCACCAACAUUUGGAUCUGGGACAGGGUCAAGUAACUCUAUCAUUGGAGUAUCUAACACCUCCAUGGUUGGAGCAUCACCCAGCCCAGGCUUUGGUACACCAGGAGGCACUGCACAAUUCGGUUUUGGUACUACUCCAACAUUUGGACAAUCAUUUGGCAGUGGCAACUUAGUUGGAGCUGCUCCUGUUUUUGGCAUUCAGAGUUUCUCCUUUGGAGUCCCAGCCACAAUGCCAACACUUGGAACCGCAAGAUUUGAGCAGGUUGGUAUUGGAAGUCAACGCAGAGGAAGUAGACUAGCAGCUUACACUGCAACAUCCGAAGAAGAAGAUGGUGGGAGUGGGAAUCAGCCUACUGCUAAACUACAGUCCAUUACAGCCAUGCCCCUUAACAAAGACAAAAGCCAUGAAGAAUUGAGGUGGGAUGAUUAUGAGCUGGGUGAUAAAGGAUCUUCUAUAUUUGGACAGAAGUCUUCUAUUGGAGAAUUUUCAUCAAGUACUGGAAGCACAUUUCAACAAACACAAGCAACUUUUGGGAGCAGUCUGUUUGGUUCUUCUACUUCCACUGCAUCAACUGAAAAUUCACCCCCUGCUGCUAGUGCCCUGGCCUUUGGUGCACAUAACACAUCACCUUUUGGUGCUACAAGUAUUUCAGCGAUCAGUUCAUCAUCUACCCCUACAUUUGGCAGCACAUGCACAGCUUUUGCUGUCUCCAGUGCACCAACAUUUGGAUCUGGGACAUGGUCAAGUAAAUCUAUCAUUGGAGUAUCUAACCCCUCCGUGGUUGGAGCAUCAAGCAGCCCAGGUUUUGGUACACCAGGAGGCACUGCACAAUUUGGUUUUGGUACUACUCCAACAUUUGGACAAUCAUUUGGCAGUGGCAACUUAGUUGGAGCUGCUCCUGUUUUUGGCAUUCAGAGUUUCUCCUUUGGAGUCCCAGCCACAAUGCCAACACUCGGAACCGCAAGAUUUGAGCAGGUUGGUAUUGGAAGUCAAUGCAGAGGAAGUAGACUAGCAGCUUACACUGCAACAUCCGAAGAAGAAGAUGGUGGGAGUUGGAAUCAGCCUACUGCUAAACUACAGUCCAUUACAGCCAUGCCCCUUAACAAAGACAAAAGCCAUGAAGAAUUGAGGUGGGAUGAUUAUGAGCUGGGUGAUAAAGGAUCUUCUAUAUUUGGACAGAAGUCUUCUAUUGGAGAAUUUUCAUCAAGUACUGGAAGCACAAUUCAACAAACAGAAGCAACUUUUGGCAGCGGUCUGUUGGGUUCUUCUACUUCCACUGCAUCAACUGAAAAUUCACCCGCUGCUGCUAGUGCCCUGACCUUUGGUGCACAUAGCACAUCACCUCUUGGUGCUGCAAGUAUUUCAGAAAUCGGUUCAUCAUCUACCCCUACAUUUGGCAGCACAGGCACGGCUUUUGCCGUCUCCAGUGCACCAACAUUUGGAUCUGGGACAGGGUCAAGUAACUCUAUAAUUGGAGUAUCUAACCCCUCCGUGGUUGGAGCAUCAAGCAGCCCAGGCUUUGGUACACCAGGAGGCACUGCUCAAUUUGGUUUUGGUACUACUCCAACAUUUGGACAAUCAUUUGGCAGUGGCAACUUAGUUGGAGCUGCUCCUGUUUUUGGCAUUCAGAGUUUCUCCUUUGGAGUCCCAGCCACAAUGCCAGCACUCGGAACCACAAGAUUUGAGCAGGUUGGUAUUGGAAGUCAACGCAGAGGAAGUAGACUAGCAGCUUACACUGCAACAUCCGAAGAAGAAGAUGGUGGGAGUGGGAAUCAAACUACUGCUAAACUACAGUCCAUUACAGCCAUGCCCCUUAGCAAAGACAAAAGCCAUGAAGAAUUGAGGUGGGAUGAUUAUGAGCUGGGUGAUAAAGGCGGGUUCUCUGGUGUAUGUCAAGCUGCAGGGGUGACUGUUAAUGUUGGUUCCACUACCUCAAACUACUCUGCUCCUUUACCUACGCCACUUUUUCAGUCAUCAUUGAAUCCCUUCUGUCCCUUGACCUCUGUAAUUCCAUUUGUGCCAUCAUCUCUUCUGCCUAGACCGCCAUCUACAAAUUCUUUCAGCAUAAGAUCAUCUGCAGCUCUGGCCAAUAAUUCUCCAUCUUUGUCUAGCCCAUUAUGUAUAGGACCACCUACUUCAGCUUUUGGCUCAUCUUUUUUUACCGGAUCGUCAUCUGCAAAUCCUUUCAGGAUAACACCAUUUUCUGUACCUUCUCCUCCUGUAACAACGGCAGCCCCUGUAUUUCUGACCAAUAGUUUUCCAUCUUUGUCUAGCCAAUCAUGCUCAUUUAUAGGACCAUUUCCCUCUAUCUCUGUUUCCGCUUCACCUUUGCAAACAUCUUCUGGAUUUAACUGUGGUUUGAAUUCUGCGAACACACAAUCAUCCCCACUAUCUGUGUCCGUCGGACCCUCAUUCACACAUACAAAUGCUUUGUUUCCACAACCAUACAUUGCCCCUUUCUUCAGUCAACCAAAAGCCUCUAAUGCACAACCAGUUGGACCUCAAGUGGGGGAAAACUUCUUGUCUAGCAUACCACCUCUGUUUUCUGUGAACAAUCUGCCUGGUUCUACUCAAGCUGGUCAGCCUUCUUUGUCUACUCCUUUGCGGCCAACUCUCACAACUCAGCCGGCACCUACUUUUACUACUAGCCAUUUUCCUCAAUCAUCAACAGGUUUACGUGGCUUUGAGAGCAUUACCUCGGGAUGUGGUCAGAGCACCUUUAGAAAACUGUCUGAUGCUCAGAGCACUGUGCCAGUGCAGCCAGCACCUAAUGUGAGCCCUUUAGGAGCUUUACCUACAAUGCCUAGGCUGUCAAUUUGUCAGGCUGGAUCUACAUCACCAGUUCGGUAUGGAAUUUCUAGCAUGCCUGUGUCUGAUAAGCCUGCAGCUGUUGGAAGGGUGUCAUCCUUGCUGACGUUUAGACACUUGUCUCGAAGACGGAUUAUGUUACCAGUUCGGAAUUAUGGUGCUAAAAGUGAUGGCCCAAAGGUGCCAUUUUUUAGUAGUGAUGAAAUGGCUGCUGCACCCAAGGCAGACGCUUUAUUAGUUCCAAGGGAGAACCCAAGAGCUUUAGUUAUACUUCCAGAUGAACGGUGGCCCCUGCGGUCUAUGAAGGAGAAAAUGUCUCAUUUGGCACUUCCAUCCGUCCAUGUGUAUAAGAAUGAUCAUUUUGCUGAAAAUAGUCCUGACAUGGAGGGUGCCGAUCCUUCCAAAUUGAUCAAGAAGCCUUAUGGAGGAAGCACUUAUGAUUUCUCCCAGGGAAGAGCUUUGCAUACCAGAGCCACAGGUCAUGAAGCUGGUGAGGCUGCGAUUCUGGAAGAACACGUAGCUGAUAUUCAAGCAUUAAUGCCACGGCUUAGGCGUUCUGACUACUACACAGAACCUGGAAUCCAGGAGCUGGCUGCCAAGGAAAGAGCUGAGCCAGGAUUCUGCAGACAUGUGAAGGAUUUUGUGGUUGGGCGUGAUGGCUAUGGCAGAGUCAAGUUUCUGGGAGAAACAGAUGUGCAGAAGCUUGAUCUGGAUUACUACAUCCACUUUAACAACCGUGAAGUGAUUGUCUACAUGGACGAGAGCAAGAAACAUCCAGUGGGACAGGGUCUCAACAAGCCUGCAGUGGUCACUCUCCUUAACAUCAAAUGCAUUGACGAAAAGACAGGCAAACAGUACGUCGAUGGGCCUAAGGUUGAUAAGUACAGAGAGUUUCUGGUAAAGAAAGCAAAAAAACAAGGUGUGGAGUUUGUGUCAUAUGACCCUGUGGAAGGGGAAUGGAAAUUCAAGGUCCAGCACUUCAGCCAAUACGAGUUUAGAGAUGACAGUGAAUGGGGAGAUGGUUUCUCAACUUUCUUUCUUUGAUUGCUGGUGGAAGGAGAUAUCUGUACCUUUUCAGUUCGAUUAUAUUGGAAAACUCGAAUCUUUGUCGUGGCUGCAUCCUGUAUGGUCUUUUACUCUUGUUCUUUUCUUUGGGAAUUGUUGGAUUUGGAGUCUGUCUCAAAAUGCAAUAGUUUUAAGUGGCAAUUAUCUGGCAAUAGAUGGACGCUAAUGCCAUUUCCCCUUAUUUUCUUUCUCAAUUGUCUCAUGUACAAUUAAUA